UCGUCACACAUUCAAGCGCUCUCGGAGCAUUGCAUAGUUGUGGGUGGAUUGACCAGUGAGUGGCGCAUAGAAUACUUUCGCUUUUCACCUUCGCGCUACGCAUAGUCGUAUUAACUUUUCCUCUCUCGUUCACUCACCGUUGUGCACUUGUUCUCCCGCUCUGUGUUCGCCACUCUUGCUCGCCGCGCUACGAUUACGCAGCAUCGCACACGUUCGCCAACCGAUUGACUUCAUUUAACUAACCCGAAAUAUACUGCCGUGAAAGUGAAAGCACAUCGAUCGAAACAUGAUGACUGAAUCCACUUCCACCCCAACUACACCUGCAGUCGAAGACAAUAACAGCACACCGGCUGCGGUAGAUAAAAAUGCCACAAAGCAGCUGACGGAGAAAGAGCUGAAGGAGCAGCAAAUUUAUAAUAAUUUCGCCACACCACUCAUUGGCACCUACCUAAAUCUGCCACAGGAUUCUGUGAUGCUGAAAUGCCCUGCAUGUGGGAUUAUUGAGAUGACACAAGUUGAAAAUGAUUUGAAAUGGUGGGCAGCGGAGAUCAAUCGCUUUGUGGGCUGUUUGUGGGUCACAUGUUGUUGUUGCUGCUGCAUGGACUACUACAUACCUUGUAAGCAGACCGAUCGCAAUCAUUAUUGUAAGAAUUGUGGCUGUUACUUUGGACGCGCGAUGAAGCAUUCAGCUAUCAAACCGAAGAAGAUCGCCAAUUCGUGAGGCUGUGGCACACCUAAGCACACACAAAUAAAAGAUACACAUAUUCCUUUACUGCCAAGGAGACCGAUGAAGAAAAAAUUCUUUUCACAUUCUUUUCAUCUCUUUGUCUACACGAAAGCACUCGAAAAUUAUAUAUGCGUAUACACAUAUAUACAAAUAUAAGUAAUGCAUAUAUAAAUAAUAAGAAAUAUAUAGCUUAAAAUUUGAUUAAGUACGCACACAUAUGUUUGCAUGCAUAUGAAAGUGGACAAAAAAAAAAUUACAAUACAUUUUUUACGUUAAGCAUUCACGAAUAAAUAUAAAUAUAAA